AUCCUUGGAAAUAUCGUCCAGGGAGAAACGUUUGUCCCUCAUCGUCACAGGGACAAACUUGUCACUUGCCCAUCUAUUCUCAUCACCCUCCCCAAGCAACAUCACCACCACACCAAUAUCCAUGAGGGAAAGGAAGGAGCAAAAAGACGAGUAAUGACUAAUGAGACGGAGGUGCAGCUGCCCCUGCAAAGAAGCCAUUAUUAGCCACCAAAUGCAGCAUGCACAUGCCUAGCAACCCCUGCAGCAGGAGAGGCUGCAGGUCAGGAGAUACAAGAAAGAGGAGAAGAAAGCCACCAUCAUCAUCACCAUAUAAUUAGAUUUAUCGAUCCAGCCAUGUUCUACUAUCAGAUGCUCUCAGUUCUCGGAGUUGGAGGCAUGCACAAGGCGGCGGCGGCGGCAACCAUCUGGAGGGGCCAGGGCAGCAACAUCACGAGGCAGAUCCUCAAGUGCACUAGGUGGCAGCUGGAGGAGACCAGGGACUUCGUCACCUGCCCCUACCACUACUACUGCGACAGCUCCUACCCCGGCGACUACCCAGAAUCCGUCGGUGUCGUUGUUGCGGUUUUCGCCGCUUACUGCGUCCUCUCCGCCGCAGUGUUCACCAUCCUAGAUAUCGGCAGGAGCGGCACGGCCUUCCGACGGAUCAACAGGAAGUACCUGGUGCCCUCGGGGCCGUUCCUGCUGCCGCUGCUGCUCCUGGUUUUCGCCAAGGGGCAGAGGCUGAACGCCGUGUUCCCGGUCGCGCAGCUCGGCCCGGCAUUGCUGCUGACGCUGAAGGCAUCGGCGCUGACGUUCCCGAAUGAGGCCGAUGGCGACCUGCGGUACGCCGUGCUCGAGGCGUCCACGGUGUCCGGCAUCCUGCACGCGAGCCUGUACCUGGACGCCGUCGUCCUGCCGCACUACACCGGAACGGACGCGCUCCGGUGGUCGCGGUUCUCCGGAGAGUGCGCGACGUGCCUCUGCCGGAUGGAGCCGCUGGUUGUCGGUGGCCAGACGGUGCUCUAUCGGGGGCUGUCUAAGACGGCGCUGGCCGUCAUCUUCGCGCUGUGCUCGAGGAUGGUGUGCCGGAUCUACGGCGAGGAGCGGCUGAGCGCGUGGACGCGCUUGGCGCUGGAGGGCGCCAGCUGGGUGUUAGUAGCCGGCGACGCCGUGUACCUCACUGGGUGGACGCUGGCAGAGGGCGCCGCGGCGAGCGUUGCCGUGUACAGUGUCGUCGCCGCGCUGGUGUUCUUGUGUGUGUUCGGGAAGGUAUACAGGUUCUUGGCGUGGGUGGAGACCAGGCAGGUGCAGUGGAAGCCAAGCCUCAGCUGCCACACUGUGGUUUGAUCAUUGAUUGGAUCUCCAAAUUUCUUCUCUUUUUCUUGGGGGUUAAUUUCUUUGUUUUGUUGGAUUCAGAGAAAAAUGUAAAAAGAAUAAUAACGAAUUAAUCGAGGCUUUCUGUGUAUGCAUUAAUACAUAGUUACAUACAAGGAAAAGGCUUAACUUCUUUUUUUAUGGCUUCAGGAUUUCAGUUUGUUUUUUAA